GCGAAGCAGAGCUUUUUGGGAGCUGUACUGAGAUGGCUCCAAGUCACAAAUCUACAGCCCGACCACUGAGAACCAACGUGCUGCAGGAUGAAGUGACCGUUACUGAGGACGCAGAAGUGACCAUUACGGUGGACAACACAGAGUUGGUCUUCUCCGCUGCCAGCGAGGUGUCAGAGUUCCUGACGUCAAGUUAUGACAUCAACGAUACGUUAUUAGUUGACACCAUCCCGGACCCAGAACCAGAGAUUUUCUACACUGUCCCAAAGUGUAAAGUACCUUACGGAAUCCUACCGGAUCCAUCCGACUGCGGUAGAUUUAUCACUUGUGUCAACGGAGAAGUGGCCAAUGCACAGUUUUGUCCUGACGAAAACAACUUUGACUCCAUCACCAGCGUGUGCAAACACCCACGUGAGGCCAUCUGUGAGAAAAUGGAGGAACCGCUCAGAAACGUAACCGCUAAUUCGACGUGUGAGAAGUUGACGGACCCCACCACGUGUAACACGUACAUAGUGAGGUGCAAUAAGGGACCUGAGUACGGAAACCGGACGUACGACAUGUACUACGCAUGCCCAGGAAACAUGAUAUGGGAUGAAGAGAAACUGGCAUGUGACGCGCCGAGGAAAGUUAAAUGCAAUAACAGGACACAUUAUGCCACCCCACUGUGUAAGAAGCCCAGCGGGAACUUUGAAGAGCCAGCAGACUGCCACAAGUUCCUCUCCUGCUAUUUAUACCGCGUUGUUCGCCACAGACCGUGUCCCGCUGGUCUCUACUACGACCAGGCAUCAGACAGAUGUGAUUAUCAUUUUAACGUCAAUUGUCAUAAGCGGCCCGUGAUCGAUGUCGUCUUGAUGCCUAGGAACACUACCACGGAAGCAGCGCCAUCUAUGGCCAUGCCAAACAUCUCAGAUGCUGUAGCAGGCGUCCCUUCUUGUCUGGGUCCAGACGGCCUGUUCCCACACCCGCUUCACUGUAACCAGUACAUCGCCUGUUAUGGCGGCGUUCCCAUGGAGACGUUCUUCUGCCCAGUGAACCAGAACUUCGACUUCAGGGACGGGCAUUGUAAGAGGAGAGAUAACGUCACCUGCGUCCAGCGUCCUUGGUUGAUGCGGGAAGGUCCGGUACCUGUAGUGGGUAAUGGCAGUUGCACGUUUUCUCAGGACGACACCAACUGUGGAGGCUUUGUCCUCCACUGCCUCAACUCCACAGUGAACUUCUCCUGUCCCGGAGAACUGAGGUACGACGAGAACACCGGAGAAUGCAAGAUGGCCGCCAAUGUUGACUGUAACGGCAGACCAGAAUAUAAGGCCAUUUGCAAUCGUCACAAUGGAAACUUUGAGGAACCCACCAACUGCGGGGAAUUCGUCUCUUGCGCAUACAACCGCGUCUUCCGCCACCGUCGAUGCCCCGCCAGCCUUAAUUUCAAUCUGGAACUCAACAGUUGUGAUUGGCCAUUUAGAGUCACGUGCGGGGACCGUCCCACAAAAGAACCAAAAGGUGCACUUGUCAAAGACAAAGAUUAAUUCUUUCGCAAUUUUGAAGGUCAACCAGUUCGAACGCGCCACGUUGAUUAUUUAAUAAUUCUAUGACAUCGGGUUCUCAUUGCCUCUUGUGUUUUGAUAUAAGAAUGUAACUUGUUCUCAAAAAUUUAAAUUUGAUUUCUAGCUACGAGACGCAACUUUUCGACCCUUCCUCGGAUGACUUUCCUCCCUCAUAACGCCAAAGCCUUUGAGGAAUGGUUGAAAACUAUGACGUUAAGUCAAAAACACCUUUUUUCCCCUAGUUACCUUUUGUUUUCAUCAUAUGUGACUGUUUAAGUUAAACACAAUUUACUGAUUAAAAGAAAAAUAAAGUAUAAACAUGUUUAUAUGCAUACAUUUGACUCCAUGGUGUAAAGUGCUUGAUAAGCUCAGAAGUUAUUGAUACAUUCAAGUUGUUCAAGGAGCGGUUACUGUCUGUAAGCAGGGUCGGCAACCCAAUUUUUUUUUAACACGAAUAAUUUGAGUAGGCAUGGCGCCUAAAGCUUUUGAUCGGUUAUUUUCUUUAAAAACGAAUUUACAGCAUAAUAAUUACACAACAGGUCGGUAGAUCAAAUAAAAAUGCCAUUAUGAUGGUGUGACUGAAUCACAAUAUUUAAACAGGAUUAUAACUAAAUUGCCAGUGCAUAUUAAUAGUACAAAGAACG